AUGCGAUCUCAUUUGUUCACUGGCUUAUUAUCGAGCUUAGCUACUCGUACAUACAGCCUCGAUACAUCUACACCAGGUAUGGACUCUGAGCCCAAUGUCAAUGGAUAUUCUGACAAAAAGAUGGUAGAAUGUGCUACUAUUUGCUCUCGCGAACUUAUGCACUACCAUGGUAUUCCUACUGUUGAGGGUCUCUGUCAUGACAUGGCGGUUCAACGAGAAAUGUUCUCUUGCCUGGCCAGUUCUUGCACUGAUCAGUAUGGUCAAGCUUUGACUUACACUAUCUCCACUUGCUCUCAUCGUGGUGCUACCAUCAGCGAUCUCCUUCCGGUGGAAAUACAACAUACGAGCCUUGCUACGAGACACUUGGUGCCGCUUGUCUCACGCUCUGAUUCGGCCAGCUUUGGAUUUGAAAGCCGUUUCAGUCUCACUGUCGACUGCAAAGCCGGAUCUGAUGGUGUUCUCACAUUGUCUCUCCCCGAAUCCACCGCUUCAGUUCCUCAACCUAUUCCCGAUGGUGGUUCCCCUACCUCACCAGGAGCUGGGAAUGGCAACACCAAUGCUGGAGCAGGCCCACCAGGUGGUGCCCCAGGCUCGAACCAUGGGCCCCUACUAGGAAACACAGCAGGCUCAAGUGACGGUCAAGAUAGUCCUUCAGGAGGCCCAAGUUCCGGUGGCGGUGGUGGCAAUGAUGGAACCGAGCCCUCAGACCCCAACACGGAUUGUGAAGAAAACAAUUUCAAUAAUGGACCUUCACCAUCUGGCAGCGAUGAUGGCCAAUACCCGCCUGCCCCGGCUCCUGCCCCGGCUCCGGUUCCUGUCAACCCUCCUGCCAACAGCAAUCCCCAGCCGGAUGGCCAGUCCAAAAGCCCUCCUGCGCCAGGACCAGAUGCUGCUGAUGGGAAUAGUUCGCCUGAUGAUCCCCAUCAAGGCAAUACAGCACAAUCGCAGCCUCAAUCCGCUCCUGCACCUGUACCUGCACCUUCAAACCCGGAUGGAAGCGAUGGGGCGCCAAAUCAAGAUGGAACUAGCGGACCGGGAGAAGAUUGCGAUGAGAAUUCUCCUAAUGGAUCUGAUGCCAACUCUACUGGAAAUAAUGCUGCUCCAGUCUCUCCUCCAAAUACUGGCGGCUCAGUGGACUGCUCUAUCGAUAUCAACAAUCCAGCAUGCGCCAACCAGAAUCAGCUAUCUCCUGGACCUCUAGCACCUCAACAGCCUCAAAUACCAGCGCCAGCGCCGGAUUCCCCCACUCCUCAAGGCCCCCUUCCCAGCCCUGGUCCUGCUCCUGCUGGAGAUAACCCUCCCUGUGGUGCUGAAGACGGCAUAACAGACUGCCCGGCCUCUCGUCAGCCUCCAAAGGGCGAUGGAAGCGGUGGAAAUGCGUGCUCAGACCCUGACUCGAACGCUGGCUGUGGCUCUUCUGAGCCUUCCUCGCCCCAGCCGCCUCCCCAGACAGCACACCCCGCUCUUCCAAAUAAUUGCCCCGGGGACGAAAACUCACCUUGUAACGAUGGAAAUGACGGCGGGUCUGAUCCAGGAUCUAGCAGUCUGCCUGCAAACCCUCCGUCGCCGAAUAGUCCUGAUGUGCCUCCUCUCGAUGUAGGACCUUCACCUGUUGCCCCUCCUUCUCAACCAAACACAGACGGUAAUCCUGACAACGGGGCCUCUUGUGCUGGAAAGCCUGGCCCUUGUCCCGCGAAUGGUGGCCCAGGAAUUUCGGAGCCAGCCAAUCCUCCUUCUCCUGCAUAUUCGCCUUCAACUCCCCCGAAGGUCAAGCCCCUAACGGUUCUCAAGAUAAUGACGGUACUGGACGGGAAAGCCCCGGCAAAGGAAGUGACAAUGGUGAUGGCGGGAAAGGGAACAGUGAUCUCGGACCCCAAGCACCAGAAAUCACAGCACCACCUUCACAACCCGCUCUGCCUGCACCAGCAGUUCCAGCCCAGCUUUCAGGACCUCCAGUUCAACCAAGACCCCCUCAACCUACCGCUUCCAACGCUGUGGGCGGCGCUCAAGAGGGACCUCAAGUCAUCACGGUGA